AUGCUGGUCUCCAAAACCAAGCCCGCUCCAAAGUGGACUGUUCUCAUUGUCUUCUGUCUGGCCCAGUUCCUGGACGUUGCCAACCUGUCUGCCGUCAACAUCUCGUUGCCAACCAUCAAGGCCGAGCUGCACUUCUCGGAGAGCCAGCUCCCCUGGAUCGUUAACGCGUUCACCCUGACCUUCGGUACCUUCCUCCUGAUCGGAGGAAAACUCGGUGACAAGUAUGGUCAUAAACGACUCUUCCUCACGGGCCUUAUCUGGUUUUCGAUCUGGUCCCUGGUCUGCGGCCUAAGCCAAAGCGUCAUCCUGCUCUGCAUCGCCCGUGCGAUGCAAGGUCUCGGCGCGGCAGCAACCAUCCCCAAUGCCUUGGCACUUAUCCAGUUUACCUACACCGAGCAGGUCGAAAAAUCGAGGGCGCUCUCAGUCUUUUCGAGCAGUGGCGCCCUAGGUUUCGGGAUCGGGCUUGUCUUGGGAGGUGUCUUUACCGCCACCAUCGGCUGGAAGUAUAUUUUUUACAUCUCGGCUAUCAUGGGUGUGCUGAUCGCUAUCGUGGCAUUCUUCGUUAUCCCUGAAUCCGAUGCCGCGUACCGCGCCAAUGUGAAGCUGGAUCUCGUCGGUGCCAUCACCAUUACUGCUGCGUUGUUGGCUCUUGUCUACGGCAUCUCGGACGGCCGCUGGUCUUCUGUACCCGUUAUUGUGUGUCUUGUCCUGAGCAUCCUGCUGUUGUUCUUCUUUGUCUGGGUCGAAAAGAAGGUCGAAUCGCCAAUGUUGCCGAUGUCAAUCUUCAGGACUCGCAUGUUCACCGCCAUGUUGAUUGUCGGCGCCUUGUACCAGACCUGGUAUUUGGUCUACAACCUUUAUUGUACACUAAUUUUCCAGGAAGUCAUGGGAUACGGGGCCUUGAACACUGCCUACGCGUUCUUCCCACUGGCAUUCCCAGGACUGGUGCUGAACCCAUUGGCGGGAUAUCUGAUUCCCAAGGUGGGAGCUAAGCCGUUGUUGGUGGUCGGCACGGGCUGCAUGGCUAUCUCGGCAGCAUUGUUUGCAGUUGCAGAUGAGAAUACUGGAUACUGGCCACUGCCGUUUCCUUCGAUGUGCAUUGGUGAAAUCGGCAUUGCCAUGACCUAUACCUCGGCGAUGGUGGCAGCUCUGACCAUGGCUAAGUCUGAAGAACAUGGACUCAACAGCGCUGUAUUCUCGGUGGCCAUGCAGGCUGGAUCUGGAGUUGGACUCGCUAUCACCAAUGCCAUUUCGGACGCGGUUAUCAAAUCGACAGGAUCUAAAUUCAAAGGUUAUAAGGUCGGGCUAUGGAUUGGAUUCGCGGUGACACUGCUUUGUGUGCUGAUCACCCUGGUGUUUGUGCCCUCGAAGGCGACGCUGGAGAAAAAGCAGCUGGCUAGGGCUCAAAAGCAGGCUGCGUCGGAUGCAUCGGAUCAUGUCGAGUUUGCAGAGCCAUCGAUUCUUGAAAAGGGUGGAGACGAAGGAAUUGUUGAUGUCGAAAAGGUUGGACGCCAUCAUGCUGACAGCGUCAAGCAGCCGCUGGAGAGAGAGAAGGUUGGGCAGAAGCAGGUGUUCGACUCCGUCUCGCCAGCGUAA